UGUAAAGUAAAAUAAUACAAGGAUUUUGGUUUUAUAUUUGAGGGAUAGUGAAAGACAGCAUGGGAGAAGUUGGCUUAGGUGGUGGUAGACCCUUCAAGCCCAAAUAUGUUCCUUCAAAAAAUAUCUCCCUCUCUCUCAAUUAUUCAAAAAGUCAACAAAGUCUCCAUUAACACACACUUGAAGCUUCAUACUUGUUUUUCUAGAAAUGGAUGAGAACGGGGAUGAUCUAGGGAUGAAGCUAUUGUUCCUUGAAAAUAGAGUUGCUAUGGCACGCCUUUUAUUUCCUAAGGAAGCGCAAGUUGCAAUGCACAUUGCAAAAGUGGAUGACACAAAGGAGUUCCCACUAACCACCAAUUGUGGAUCAUUUCCUGGCCAUCGGAUAGCAUUUUCAAACUUGAAUGAAGCACCAUUUAUAAUAGAAGAUGCACAUCAUAAAAGAAUAACAGCACUCUUGAAAACUGGGAUAGCAUGUUUCUGUCUUUGCAUAGUUUAUUGGACAGUGGAAUUUGGGAGGCGAUUCUUUCCCCGUUGUUCUAAAGCACUCGACAAGAUUGUGGAUGAUAAAGACCUAUCGAUCUGGCGUAUCUUGGAAAUGAUAUUGACAAUCCGGAGCGGCAACUAAGAAAGAGGAGGUACAAAGAGAUUAUAGAAGAUUUCAAAAUAACCUUCAGCCAGGACAAAGUGGAUUUGGAGAAAUCAAAAGCCAAUUCGCCAUCUUCAUCAGCUAAGGGACUUUCUCAAACUAAUGGCAAAGUCAAGUCUAGGAAGAGAACCUAAACAAACAAUUCAUAGUUUCUUAGUAAGAACCCUCUUCUGUUCAUUUCUUCAUUUUCGAUAGUGUUGAUGAAUCUCUCUAUCUUGUAUUGCGUCUUUUGGAAGCCCAUUGGGUAUGAUGAGUUUCACUCAAGAACCACAGAAACAAGUAAAACUUGUGAUAUUGCUAA